UGCUAUGGAGACAGUUACCCGGCCAACGUGGGGGAGGUUGGGCGGAAAUUAAGUCAGGGCCACAAGACAACCAAAUGCAAACAAUGUUGAAAACAAAUGGACCAACAACAGAAGUUAUAAACGGAGAAAGGUAAGCGUGAUACAAGAAGACAGACAAAUGAAAAGUUUGAGUCCUACCAUCGGCACAGGACAUACAGUGUGACUUGGAUAUGAAUCUGCUUUGCUGGGGUAGUGGGGACCUUGGCCAGACUGGCCACGGCAGGCCAGGGAACAUCUGUCCGGAGGAGGCCCAUCUGAGAGAGUUUACAGUGGCAAGGCUGGGCAGAGCGAAGCUACUGGCAUGUGGAUCCAGUCAUUCCAUUGUGGUUACAGUGGACAACAAGAUCUUUGCAUGGGGGAAUGGCACUAGUGGACAGCUGGGUGACGGCGAGAAGGCAGUAAAGGACCAGCCAGUCGAGGUUAAGUUGCCACAGGAACUAAACGUUGAAGGAAGCAAGGCAGAUGUGGAUGUUGUCAACAUUGUUGGUGUGGCCUGUGGAAGCAGACACUCCUUCAUAUGGACUGAAACUGGGCGGGCCUACAGUUUUGGGAACAACUUCUAUGCCCAACUAGGCUAUGACAUCCAGAGGCUUGACUUCAAAGACCACCAGCUGGUACCUCGUUUGUUCCAGAAUCUCCCAUCCUCUCUGAAAAUAUGUCAAGUGGCCUGUGGAGAGCGACACACUCUGUUUGCGCUGGAGGACGGCCGUGUGGCGGCAUGUGGGCAGAAUGAUUAUGGACAAAUUGGCAAUGGUUCUGAGGAUAAUGUGGUCAUCCCUCGCUUUGUGGAGGGUGUGGACCAUGUGUCAAAAGUCACCUGUGGGGCAAACCACAAUCUUGCUCUGACAGGUGACAGCAGAUUGUUUCAGUGGGGAUGUGGACGGGCAUGUGGGGACAGAAAAAGGAACAUCCUUUCCCCAGAGGAAGUGACGCCACCAAGCUUGCCAGUGAGAGACAUUGCUGGAGGAUGUCGGCAUAGCCUGCUUCUAACAGAUGGUGGGAAUGUCUUCUCCUGGGGGAUGGGGCAAGAGGGACAGCUUGGACUUGGAGAGGAUGGGAUUCAUAUCUCCACUCCUUGUCUUCUCAGCUAUUCUCAGCUUGCUGAGGUCACACAAAUACAAGCAGGGGACACCUACAGUGCAGCCAUCACAGCAGGUGGAGAGCUGCUUCUCUGGGGCCAGAUCCCCUGUGUGUCCCGGGUCAGUGAUCAUUCAGGUCUCAAAAAGCUCUGGACCCCACAGCCUGUUCCACUGGCAGGCAGAAAGGUGUGUGAUAUGGCCUGUGGUACCUGGCAUAUGAUGAUCACCACAAGUGAGUAA